UUCAGAGCCGUAAUUCAAACCCAGGUCUGUCAAACUCCCAAGCCUGAGAGUUUCAAGACUUGGCUGUAUUCAAGGGAACCAAGUAGGAGGAGGACCCUGCCAGGCUUGCAGCCCAUCAGACCAGGUGGCCCACUGAUGUCAUGGGCAGCUUUGUUACUGGGGACUACUCUCCGGAAAAAGCUACCAGAGAGGGACUUGAAAGAACUAUUUCGCAAGCCCUGUGUGUCGGUGCUGAGGGCCGACUGAAUAACCAUGUUUCCCCUUCCCAAGGUGUGGGAAGGAGGGAGAGAGGUGGAGAGACAGCCUGUGUGUUUAUCUAUGUUGAUGUCUCCGGUUGUGCGUCCACCCAUCUAUGCAUUUGUCAGUUUCUCCGUGGAUAUGUCUACUUCCGAGUGGGCGUAGGGUGAUGUGUAAGUUACGCAUAUGUGUGCAGAUAGGUGUAUACGCUGUUUGCAUGCACCUGUGUCAGGUCUGCAUGUGUCACACCACAUAACUUGUUUCUAUUAGGUUAAACUAUUUGAUAAUACCUCCCCCAAAGCAAAGCCAGCUAUUGAGCCAGCCUGUCACGAACUGAGUCUGUGUACUGUAUAGAUAAACUGGGUAAUUGGACUCUCCGCCCCCUCACCAAAACAAACACAAACCGCCCACCCCUACACUGGAGGAAGUCUGGUCCCUGUCAUCUGGUACGUAGUUGGCUCGAGUAUCCCGCUUUCCCUGGCCCUGGAGACAAGGGGAGCAUCUCCCGCCGGCCGCGGGCCGGGCGCCGCAGGGCUUAUGUAAGGAGGACACGGCGUGCCCCGCCGUGGGGCGCACGCGGAUUCCUGCACAGGUGUGGCGGAUGUGUGCCGCGCGAGCUCGCCGGCCCCCUCCCCGGCGGCCGCUCCGCUUCUGCUUCCUGCUGCUCAUUUAUCCUCCUCAUCUUCCUGUCUGACAGCGGUGCGGACCGGGGAAGGACAGAGCGCCCUCUCCCCUGUCCCCGCGCCGCCGAGGGGGGCUGCCCGCUCUCGGGGAACGAAUGCGCCGUGUGCGCUGGCCGCCGCGCGGCCCGGCCUGGCUGAGGCCAGGCGUGGAGGCCGCCGGACCGCUGAGUCUUGAGGGACGGUGAAGCGCUGGCCGGCGUCGGGGCCUUUGCCGGAGAUCGGGCGGGAGCCAGCGCCCGGGAGCCAGAUGGAGGCGGCGAGAGGGGGCGCGGAGUAGCCGGCGGACCCCCGGGCGCGCACCUCCCGCGGCGCCCUGGCGCUCCGCCGGCGCGAGGCGGGCGGGGUCCCCGGGGCUGCCAUGGAGGUGCCUAGCGUCAAGGACUUCCAGUGGAAGCGCCUGGCGCCCCUGCCCAGCCGCCGGGUCUACUGCUCCCUGCUGGAGACUGGGGGGCAGGUCUAUGCUAUCGGGGGAUGUGACGACAACGGUGUCCCCAUGGACUGCUUUGAGGUGUACUCCCCCGAGGCCGACCAGUGGACCGCCCUGCCGCCCCUGCCCACAGCCCGGGCCGGGGUGGCCGUCACCGCCCUGGGGAAGCGGAUCAUGGUGAUCGGGGGCGUGGGCACCAAUCAGCUGCCCCUGAAGGUCGUGGAGAUGUACAACAUCGAUGAGGGCAAGUGGAGGAGGAGGAGCGCGCUGCGUGAAGCUGCCAUGGGCAUUUCUGUCACGGCCAAAGAUUACCGAGUAUAUGCCGCAGGCGGAAUGGGCCUGGACCUCCGUCCACACAGCCACCUUCAACAUUAUGACAUGCUCAAGGACAUGUGGGUGUCCCUAACACCCAUGCCCACUCCGAGAUAUGCUGCCACCUCCUUCCUCCGAGGUUCCAAGAUCUACGUGCUGGGGGGACGACAGUCCAAGUAUGCGGUCAAUGCCUUCGAGGUCUUUGACAUCGAGACUCGCUCCUGGACGAAGUUCCCCAACAUCCCCUGUAAGCGGGCCUUCUCCAGCUUUGUGACCCUGGAGGACCGCUUGUACAGCCUGGGGGGCCUGCGGCAGGGUCGGCUCUACCGGCAGCCCAAGUUCCUCCGGACGAUGGACGUGUUCGACAUGGACCAGGGGGGAUGGCUGAAGAUGGAACGCUCGUUUUUCCUCAAGAAGCGACGGGCAGACUUUGUGGCCGGCUCUCUGAGUGGACGGGUCAUAGUGGCUGGAGGACUUGGAAAGUUCCCGUCUGGCUUCGUCCUUCCGUUGGCUAUUCCAAAGCGUUGUUCCACAUCGAACACCACUGUAUUCCUGGCCUGGGGCCGGGUGUGGGAUUCCUGCCCCCCAGCAGUUGCAGUCGUGGGAGGGUAGGGACUACAUCUGCAGCUACCAUCUGAGGAGACAAGUGUCAGCCCUUGCUAGUGCAACCCAGAGGCGCCCCAGCCGCGGUGGCUGCAGAGAGCCAGGACGACCGACCGAGGGUGUCGGGGCAGGCUUCCAGAAGUACAUCUCGACUGCAUUUGAAAGAAGAGGGAAACCGGCCAGGCAGAGGAGGAGGAGCCCAGACGUGGAAGCAAGAGAGAUGGGGUCAAAUCAUAAUUGUCAUGUGCUAAUUGACCUUGGGGACAUUGUUAACCUCUCUGAGUCUCAGUUUCCUUAUGUGUGAAAUGGGCAAAAUAAGGCCUCCCUGUGAGGUUGAGCUACCUAACUUAUGUGAAAUGACUCGUGUGUAUCAGGCGAGCAGCUGCAUUGUCAUUUUCGUUGUUGAAGGAGAGGUUAGGGGUGUUCUCAAGCCCACUGCGGGGAAGGGUGGGCUUGUUUGGGGGGCAGCUCACACACAGCAGAGAUUCCAGGGAGGUGGGGCUGCCAGUGCAGCUGGAGCGGACCGAGAAUGGCCUCACGUGCCUUGUUGAGGAGCCUGGACUUUACCUACAUGGGGAACUGGGAGCAAAUUAAGGCUUCUGAGAGAAGGAGCGUCAUGAUCAGAUUCGUACCAUUGGAACGUGGGAUAUUCCGAGUUCCUCUUCGGAGGGAAAUGAAGUAAGUGCAGUCACCAAGGCACCAUCUAAGGUCAGAGGGACCCAGGUGGGGUUGGGAUCCUUGGGAAACCAUGUGGGUCCAGCUUUCCGGGCCUCCUCUGGAGGAAGGUCCAUCUUCUGGGCAAUCAGAGUGCCGGGACGGUUUGGGACCACAGAGAGGGGACAAGUCCCUCCCUCCAUCACAUCAUUUCCUCGAGAAGUUCUUUCUUCCUUGCAUUUGCGUUGGGCCUUCUGCCCACAGAGCUCCUGCAUGGAAGGCGGGCGUACGGUUGGCCUUUUCCAACCCCCGUCUUAUAAAAGAAGGAACUGAGAACCAACCAGGAACCCUGCACCUGACCUGGGCGGCACAGCUGGUCAGUGAGGGGAAGGAAAUUCUAACCUAGCUCAGAGGAGCGCACAACGCCCGCACCGUCCUCCUGAGCCCUGCCUGGGGUCAUCACCCUCGCCCCAGCCUUCCGCUCCAGAGGCUGCGGGAACGGGAGUUUCCAGUUUGGUGAGAUCAAAGUUGCGUAGGCUUGAGCACAGGGCAGGAUCCGGGCAAGCGCCGAAGAGACAGACACGUCAAAGGACCCAGGCAGGCUGGGCAGACAGAAGUUUUCACGUGUAUUCGUUUCCUAGGGCUGCACAUCAAAAUACCACAGCUUGGUGGCAGAAAUUGCCUGUCUCAAGUCUGGAGGCUGGAAGGCUGAAAUCAAGGAAACGGGCGGGAGCUUCCUUGGCUCUUUCUGGCCCCUGAUGACUCCCUCAAUCCUUGGUGUUCCUGGGCUUGUGGCAGCGUAACUCCAACCUCUGCCUCUGUCUUCACGAGGCCUGCUCUCCUGUGUGUCUGUGUCCAGAUCUCUCUCAUCUUGCAAGGACGCCAGUCAUUGGAUUAGGGCCAUCCUCACCCAGUGUGUCCUCAGCUUCACUUGAUUACAUCUUUGCAGACCCCCUUUCCCGAAAAAAGUCACAUUCACAGGUCCUGGGGGUUAGGAUGUCGAGAUAUCUUUGGGAGAAUACAACUCAACUAAAACACCAUGUAAUGGAGGGAUGAGUGAGACAGGAAGAGCAAGAGUUCCCUGAGGACUGAGCUAGUCUGGGAAGGCUUCCUGGAGGAGCGGACUGUUAUAACUGGGCCUCAACGGAAGGAAGACUUGAGGUGCCCAGUGAAGUAGUGAACAGUGGUGUGAAAAGAGGUUAGGAGGCAAGUUGGAGUCUGUGCAGACCUUGAAUAGUGGGUUGAUGUCUCAAGAAGAAAAGUUUGGCGGAAGGUCGACAGAAGCGUGAUGCGAUUGUUCUGGCCGUGCCUUUCAGACCUGAGCCUCCCCGGGGGCCCACAGUGCCAGGAGCGACGGAGGAGGGAGAGGUGAUCUCUGGG